AGAGGCUGGUUUUGCCGUUCACAGGAAACAGAAUCUUCUGUUCAGCCCCUAAACCCGUUGAUGAGAUCGGGCCGGAGUUAAAAAAGCAGCCCACCCCCCCAGCCUUCCUUUCCUGCUCGUGUCCGGCAGCCAUGCAGUCUCCGAAGAAAGGCUUGAUCUGCAACUUAAACCACAUCCACCUGCAGCACGUCUCUCUGGGCCUCCACCUCUCUCGCCACCCCGAGCUUCAAGAAGAUUCCAACACGUCGGCCCCGAGACGGCAGACCGAUUGCCCGGACUGCCGGGGCCUCGGCGGCGGCGGCCCCGAGCAGCUGGACCCCAAUUCCAACAACCCGUCGACGCCUUGCCGCUGCUGCAGCUCUCACCCGCUCCAGUCGGAUGUCAAGCUGGGCUUGCAGAUCGAGGCUGUCUUGCCGAACCGCCCGGUCGCGAAGGAUGAGGAAGAGGAUGACGAGGAGGCCAGAACCCCUCUGGAGGCCUUCUCCUCCUCCAUUAGCAGCUGCUCGGACCUCAGUUUAGAGGACACCCCAGUCUCGGUAUACUACAAAGAGUUCCCGACUGAGGAGACCCCGAGUCCUGAUCGCCCCCCAAACAUUGUCCCGCUGGAGGAAGCUCGUAGUGUCAUCCUGCCGGCCGGCUGCGAUGAGAGGGGUUCGAAUCUCAACAUCCGACUCAGCGAGCGUCCCGUGACCCGCGUCCAGGAUAGCCCUGACAGUCUGGGCAGCAGCAGUUCUUUGGGGUCUCCGUCGGCUUCUCCCUGCACAGAAAGCCCCAUUGAGUCACCUCCUACUGUCGCCUCGAUAACGCCGCCCCCUGUUCGUCCCUGCAGGGUGCCGCUGGCCGUGCCGGCCCCCUGCGUCGGCGCCGAGCUAGAUUCGAAUUGCAAUGCCCUCCCUGCUCAGCCGGCCAAACCUGAACAUUUGUUUGCUCUCCCGUCGGGGCAACCAGAUGUCAACUUCAACCAGGCCGCCCCACCAAGGCCUAGUCGGAUCAGGGGUCCUCCUCCGCCCAUUCCCCCCAGAACCAAGAGGGGCCUGCUGGGGUCAAAGCCAGGUCAAGUCGGGAAGCUGGCCCCAGCAGUGGUCCCGCCGCCCCUGUCGGAGUCGCCGGCAGGCCUCGGCGACCCGCAAAGCGAGAACGGCAGGAAGAACGUCACGUCUUUCCACGAGAUAGCGCAGAAACGGAAGAAGGUGACGUCUGGACCACCCUUUUUGCAGCCGGGGAAAGACCAAAGCGACUGGCUGAUAAUUUUUUCUCCGGACACGGAGCUGCCCCCGUGUAACGAACUCACUUGUGGCAGCGCGCCAAGCCAGGAGACAACUGGCCCCUCGACCUCGCUGGAUGAGCCGGCUAACCCCGCCGGCUGCGGGCAACGGGAGGUGACCACCUUCAAAGAACUGCGUUACCGUAAGCAGAAGGCCCAGCCGGCCACCACGGGUGGGGCCCAACUGCUGGAUUUAGCCAAAGGUGUCCCCGACGGCAGCAGUCCCCAAGAAGUUGACUGGGAGUUGCCACCAAACGGGCAUUUUUGGGCUCCGAAGGAAACGCAACCCCGGAGAAAGAAGACGCGCCCGGGGCUUCAGACCAUUGCAGAGCGGGGCUGUGAAGAGGACGAAGGAAUGGAGCACAACGUUCCCCACCGAGGUUUAGAGGAUACAGCCCGUUGGAGGGACCCUCGGACGCCGGGGAAGGCCGAGGGAGGAGACCGGUACCAGGCGGAGGCUGGUACCGUGCCCACUUGCGCUUCACGCCCCCCGAACCAGCCCUUCCAGCCGCUUCUGUUCCGAUUCUCGGUGGUGGACGGCACGGCGCCUGAGCCCCUGCACCCAUCUCUCUGCCCCAGCUUGGAGAGCGUGGAGCUGGCCUCCCCGAGCCCCUCAGGGUCGCCCUUCUGCCCCCGGCUGAAGGCCUUGUCCUGCGAGGAGGUCUGCCUGCUGGCCGGCGAGCAGGGCCAGGUUUUCGGCAGGCUGUCCCCCAACGAGCUGCUCCCCAUCCGCCUCUCCCCCAUCGGGGCCUACUCCCCGCCGGCCAGGAGCGCCCUGCCUUUCCUGGACAGCCCUGACCUCGCCGUGCUGCUCUCCCCGCUCUUCCCCCGCAGCCGAACUUUCCCCACCUUAGCUUUCCCGACCCGCCAGGUCCCCGAGCUGCUGUUUGGAGCCUGUUGCCCCCUCAACAGCCAGCCUGGAGCAGGCCGGGGGAGGAUGUCCCAAGAAAGCACGGGCGCCAGCAAGCCGGGACGCCCCGCACCAACCCAUUCCCCGUGGAGCAUCGUGGAGGCCUCUGUCAAACCUGGUUCCCACACCCGCUCCUUGAACGCUCUCUACUGGAGGGUGUCUCGGCUGGCACCGCUCCGGAGCAGCCAGCAACGUUUCCAUGCCUUUAUCCUAGGGCUACUGAACAUGAAGCAGUUAGAACUGUGGUUCUCCCACCUGCAGCAGAACACAGAACUCAUCUCGGCUCUCUACUUGCCCUCCGCCUUUCUGGUCCUUGCCCAAGGGUUUUGCCGCCGCUGGGCUGAGGAGCUUCUGCUGCUGCUCCAACCGCUCUCCACGCUGACCUUCCAGCUCGACCUUCUCUUUGAGUACCACCACCUGUCUCUGGACGUGCGACCGGCGCCCCACCACGCUACAACGCCGACAGAGCCACCUGCCACGUCUCGGAAAGCCCACGGGCCUAGCUGCCUGCACUUGGCUAGGCCCCAGGGCGCCGCCCCCGGCCUGACAGAAGGGCCCUUGGCCCAAUCUAGCCCUCUGCACGUGCCCCAAGUGGGGGUCGGUCUGCCCCAGAGACUGCUGCAAUGGGGGGAUCGUCUCACUCACACGCUCCGGGGCAGCGAGGCCCCCCAUCAGGCAGAGCCUGGCCCCCUGCCCGACCCCCCCGGGACUGAAGAGAAGCAGAGCAGCUGGUGGGAGCGGCUGAACCAGGCCGCGGGGGUCUACGCCGACUCCUCCCCCUCCUCCUCCAACCCGGAGGGCUCACCUUUCGCCCGCUGGACCAAGCUGCGGAAGGCGCUAGAGGAAGCCGUCAAAGAGGCCCGCACGGGAACGGGGAGCACCGCCGUGGGUUCGGAUGCGCCCAGCCCCAGAGAAAGCACUCCGGAAAUGCUGCCGAAGACCCCCGCCAGUGAGACAGAGAGCUCCCCGGGAAUGGCUGCGGAGUGGAAGCCGGAGACGAGCCCGUCCGGCUCUGGGGAGGCUGGUGCCCAGGAGGCAGAUGGAAAGUCAGAGGCUGGAAACACCCCUGCGAAAGGGCAGCGGUUGGGCUGGUUGUUUGGAGCCAAUUGCUCGGCAGUUUCAGGAUCUCCCACUGAACCUGAUUCUAGCAUGCCCAAGUCCAGCAGGCGCCCGUCUAGCUGGCUGCCCCCGAGCGUGAACGUCCUGGCUCUGGUGAUGAAACCGGCCCCUGCGGAGAAGAGCUGGGCGGAGGAAUCGUGGGAGAAAGGCCAGCCAGACUCUCUGCAGCCUUACAGGGCUGUGCGUGCACUCUGCGACCACGCCGGGAUCGGGGCAGACCACCUGAGCUUCCGCAAAGGGGACAUUCUCCAGGUCUUGGACACGGUCAACGAGGACUGGAUCCAGUGCUGUCACGGAAAUAGCAGAGGACUCGUUCCCGUCGGCUACACCUCUCUCAUCCUGUGAACCGACGGGCCGAGCAACGGGAGGCCGAGGGGUCGUCAUCACCGCAGGGAAAAGUGGCCACAGUAGACCAGCCUUCACACACGCCCUGCAUCGUCCAAAGAGGGCCGGCCCAAUGUGCGAAUGCCAAGGCAGAGACAAUGGUGGCGUUGUCUGCCGCUCUGGAUGACAAACUCGGAACGGCUGCCCUCGACCGCGGUCGUAGCAGGGUCUCCCCUUGAGCACGCCUCUGUUGGUGCCGAGGCCGGCUCCGGCUCACCCUUCAGUUUUCUCUCUAAUUGGGAUCCUGACGCUGCUUGAAUGUCUGGCCUAAAUUGGCUGAUGUAAGGCCCCCCCUCCCCUUCAAACACAUAUUUACACGUUCUCCCCCCCCACCGCUUUCACCUGUGUUUCCUGCUCUCGAUGAUUGUGCCCCACCGCAAAAGAUUGUGAUCGCUCACAUGUAUAUUGCGUAGAUCGGUGUAUAUAUAAAUAUUUAUCUCUUCUGCCGUCUGCUGCUUUGGUCCGGCCUCCUCCUGGCCUCCUUGUCCCCAAAGGGUUUUCAACACCACGGACGUGAUGAUCAGGACUCCUCUGAGAUGGCUGUCCCUGCCGUGCCCCCGCCAUAAAGUCAUACGACUCCCCCCACCCCCGAGACUGGCAAAAGGAGCAGAAAUAAAUGAUUGUAAGGGGAGAGGGGACAUCUUGGGAGGCUGAAUUGCUGUUGACUAUAAAUCCCCAAACAGCAUGUCAUGAGAAAUAAAUCAGUAAGAGGCCAAGGCCUCAGUCUGGAAAGGA